UUAAGUGGCGCCACCAGGUACGAAGAUUUGAAAUACGUAGAAUUUCUGUUGAAAAGAAAUAAAGUAGGGAUGAAAACAACAAGGCCUGAAAGUGCCUCAUAUUGCCAAAGAUGGUAAUGUAGUGAUCGUUGAUCAGGGACGAGACGUGCUGGUGAUAAUUCGCGUUCGUGUAAAGAUUUAUCAUAUUUUCAAUUCGACUAACUAAGCAAGAAACACUCGAUCAUGGCUCGCGUUAUAACGCAAGAAACCUACGACGAAGUCGUAAAGGAAAAUAUUGAAGAAUUCUCGAUGACGGCCGAAGAAGCGAUCGACGAUGCUAUCAAACAAUUCGAGGCCCAAGGCAUCGACCUGAGUAACGUGAUUAAGGAUUUGGUCAUUACUACCAACUCCGAAACGAUAGAAGCCUGUCUGAAUGCAGUGAUCGAAUGUUUCAAAUCAAGCAACAAAGAUGAUACAGAGAUUGUUGCAACUCUACAGAAUCUUGAAACUGAACUAAAAAAGGACAUGGCGAGACGUAUUCUCGCUGCGAAGCUCGGAGCCUAUUCUACAUUGAUCGAUAUAAUCGAGGAAUCCAAAGACAAUGACACGAUACUGGUACCAGCGCUGAAAACAAUCACUUCUCUAAUGACUGGAUACCCGGAUUUAUUAGACGACAAAGGCAUCGCUUUACAAAUAGAACUUUUGGACUGCCAGAGGGGCAUAUUGACGGUGCAGGUGGUACUUCGUUGGGUACGAGAAUGUUGUAUAAGGCACGAACUGAACAGGCAAAAUAUAUUCAAAGCCAACAUCCUCGAUAAGCUUAAACAACUGUUAGACAAAAAAGAAACGGCGGGAAGCGAGUUGCAGGACAUUUGUGCGGUAUUCAGGGCUUUGGUACUAGAUGAUGAUAUUAGACACGAAUAUGGAAGAGCCCACGAACAUGCAACUGCUAUUGCGCGAGAUUCCCUUGCUCCGCUGACUGCUUUGCUUCAAAGAUUCCAAAACGACAAAAGCGUUGUCGGAGAUUUGAUGCUCACUCUGGCAUCUCUGAUUGUCAGAAAUGAAUUUUGCCAGACAGUACACGAUGCCGGUGGUUUGAAAUUUAUCCUCGAUGUAAUGGUCGAUUUUCCUGAUGCAGAAAAGCUGAAUCGACAAGCGUUGAAGUUGCUCAAAGCUCUGGCGGGAAACGAUGAUAUCAAAGCUCAGAUUGUCACAUCUGGCGGGGUGCCUCUGAUUGUAUCUGCAAUUAACAGACUUAAGAACUUUGAGACAAUUGCUGCAGCAGGAAUGGGUUGUAUCUCAGCAUUGACACUGAGGAAUCCAUCUAACGCAGGUGUUUUUUACGAUUGUGGUGCACCAUUAGUGAUCGUAGACACAAUAAAGGCGCAUCCAAACAAUAGCAACGUGAUAAGAAAAGCUGCUUGGGCUGUGAGAAAUAUGUCUGUUAGAAAUAAAACCGAGUCACGUGAAUUUUUGGAGCAUGGUAUCGAAGAUCUGUUACAAACGGUCAUGCGGAACCACGAUCAUAUUCUUGCGGAAGACAUCAAAGCUGCUCUCAGAGACUUGGGAGUGAAUGUCCCACUAAAGGAAAGGUGGGUCGGUAAAGGUGAUUCGUUAAAGCACGACGAGUAAUUAAAAGCAACAGGCAUUGCUUUAUCGUUUUCUUGUAAUAACUCAUCAAUUUCGCUGAGCGACAUUUAUGGCCAUAUUCCGCCGUACGAGGAAAAGUAAGACUGUCCUAAGUAUUGGUAUCUCCUGAAAAUUGAAUCACUAUUGAGGAAAGGUCGAAUUAAAUUUGUAUUAAAGAACAAAAAUUGCAUUUUUCUUUCCAGCACUACCUACGAAAUAAAUAAAUAUGAAAAAUGUUUUUCCGUUCAUGAUGAGUAAAUGCCGAUGAUCAUAACAGAUAAUCGAAAAACAAGCAAGAAUUAAUUAUAUAAAAUUUCUUUUUUUUUAUAUCGUUCGUUUGGAUCUUAUUUGUUUCUCUUAGAAAAAUUAUUUCUUCUAUAAAAUAUAUAUAUAUAUUUAUACAUCUUAUACGAAAUUUUAUGAUAACCUGUUAUAUAACAUAUACUUGCAUUUUUAUUAAUUAAUUUUUUUUUCACAUCACUUAACUGCCAUCUAUAAUUACUUAUUAUGUAUUUACGAUAAGAUUAAUUGGCUUUACACUAUUUUUAUAUCAAAUAUAUAUAGCAUGUUUAUAUUUUCCACCUUGUUCGCUUGUUUUCGCCGUGAACGUGCAACUUAUCCGUUUCCUCAUUUCAUCGGAGCGUGUGAAAAGUCAAUAAGCAUCGAAGUAAAUUUUUUGUGC